GCAGUGACUAACUAGUAAGUGAUCCUCUUCGGCGUAAGCUACAUAAAACGUUAGCUACAUAAUAAAGGCGGUCACCUGAAUAAAUGCGAAUGUGACCGGGAGGACCCCAUCACCCAAAAUCAAAAUCAAGAAGAAUGAAGCCUUCUCGCCUCAUCAGUUUGCUUCUCACAUCCCCGUGUACCUGGUACUACACAUGCACGCAUAGAAUAUUUGUUCACGCUGUCCUCCGCUUCCCUGAUGACGACUAUGACGUCAGAUGGCCGCUCCACUUCACCGACUGUAGAAGAGUGCCUAAGGGAUUAGCUGCAGCUAAUGUAAAGGCGAAGACUUCAUCAGAUUCUGGCUCAACAGGGGUAGGGACAAGCAAUGAAGAAAUUAUGAGUAGGCUCUUCUAGGUGUUUCCGUUACUGGUAGUUUUGCCUCUCCUAAGGGGGAAAGGCAUAACUAACGUAGUAAGUAUACCUCCAGAACAGGUAAAUGAAUGAAUGAAUGAAUGAACACCAAAGCCCUACUUUUUUUAAAUAAAGUUCUACCUCGACGAUAGGUGGAAAGAAGUACACCCAGGAGGAGAUCGAGGCUAUGCUGGAGGUAGAGGAGACGAAUGGCGAGCAAUUAAGGCUCAGCUUUCAAUGGUCAUUGGGGUUGGUCACUGAGAUCGUGGUCACCAUUGAGAUUGGGGUCACUGAGAUCGAAGAAGCGACUUCCCCUUCUUGAGAGAACCAACAGGGGAAAGAAACGAAGGGACGAAAGGGGAGAGCUUUGAAGGGGGUCAGUCUCUUCCGUUCAGCAUCAGUCGUGACCAUUGAAGGCUGAGCUUUAAAGAAAGCUGCAAUACUUCCCUCAGCAGGAGAUGAUGCAGAUGCAGAUCUCUGUUUUACCUCCUUGCGCGACAACAUCAUGGAAGACUUGGACUGCACUGCUGUAGUUCCAGACGCGAGCUUCCUGCCCUCGAUUAUCGACCGCCUAGUUCUGUCGGCUUGUCAAGAGUUUGUGUCGCUCUAUACGAAGACAUUCGCCUGGGCUGAGCAAGAAAGGAGGAGAGAGGCCAUUGGGAGAGAAAAUGGCGCCAGAACAUCUCCAGACGAAAACGUAGAAUCAGAAUUACAAUAUGACGCCAACGGAGCAGCUGCAAUUGCCCAACAAGUAGAUCAAGAUGAGAUUUUGCUCUCAAGCUCUUCACUGUCAGCAGCGUCAGAACCCUAUAGCGCAGAGGGCAGGUUCAUGUUAAGGCUAGUAUAUUUUUACUACUUAUCUCGUGUAGUCGUGACUGACGAGGUAUUCUCAUUCUCAAUCUGAGUGGCGGGGGCCUGCUUGAUCUAAAGGGGAAACUAAGAGGAAAAAAGGGCGACUCUCUCUCUGCUCUCUGUCUCUCUCUAUAGAAUCGAGGACCGCUAAUUAUGGCCAGUUACGACACCUAUGUUUCGUCCGUGUGGCAAACGUUUAUGUCCAGAAUAAACAGCAUCAUUCACGUCUCCGACAAAAGCGAGGGGACAACCUCUACCAUUCCGACGCAAAGCAGUACAACAACCGAAGAACAAGAUGAAGAUGAAUCAUCACCUACUGCAACUACAAGUAACGAAGAACAACAAGUACAAGUUCUUGUAGAGGCAGCAGCUGCAUCAUCCGAAGGAGCUUCAGAUUUUUUACCAGCUCCACGUUAUACCACUGGCACUUGGGCAGUGCAUUAUCUUGGAAAUGAGAAGGCGGAAGACAUCCCGACACCACCAGGCUUUGCAAAUACCACAGUGGAUGUGUUUUUGACGCACGUGGAACGGCUCACAGACGAAGUAGAGGGGGUCUGGCAAGACUGGGUGGGGAAAAUAGGAAAUCUGAAACCGAGUACUGCUCCUCCAACAUCUGGAUCUGGUUCUCAAACAUCUAGAAGUACUUCUCCAAAUAAAGUUUCGAUCCACGAAGCGUUACACACAGCCGCACACGCUAUUCAACACCGUGCUGCACUCUUCAUCGAAAAUUUGUCGAUGACGAUUCUGGUCAACUAUCAUAUUUGGGGCUUUGUUUCCUCGUGAUUGUGUUGAGAACUCAUUGGUUGAAGUACUUUCUUUGUAUUUGACUUCGAUGUGAGUGUGCCCCGCCGCUGUCACUUACAGUCUUCCUCAGAAAUAGCCAAGUGACAAUCUACUCAGUCAAAGCUUGUUUCCUUCAUCGAGAUUGUCAAUUUUGAUGCGCACAAGCCCGCCGGCUCUUCUAAACUAUUUGGCGUCUCGAAGGCCAGAAAGGAGCUGCUGAUAUCCUGCAAAAUCUCUGGGGAAACGUGAAUAUUCCGUUGCCCCACUACGUUUUUCACGACAUUGGGCCAAAGCGAUGGAACGUGUUGCGCUUUUUAGUGGAGAGACUGGCGGGACAACAGAAAAGGAUUGUUAUGGAAUGAUGAUGUGGUAUCCCUAUAACUAUCUUUAGUUACGUACUAGUUGAAUCCCCAAUAUGAUUGCAAUUAAUAACUUAAAUAUACUUUUAGUAAGAGCGUGGCGUUGUGCUUGUACUUGUAGAACAAAGAGCGGACCACCUGGCACGAAAAAUGACCUCGACCAACCCUCUCUAAUCUUCCUUACCUUAGUACAAGCAUGAACAACCAAAACGAGUACGAGCCUGGAGAAGAGAAUCCUAGAGCGAGCGGAUUGCGCAUGUUAGAAGUGGGUGUAGAUCAAGCGAACACCACAAGGAGGUUAUUGGAGACCUAUCCUGAGGAUGUGUUACGUCUCCAUAUAGGCGUAGACCCAUGGGAGAAUAAACCUGUUACCGCAGAACGCAAAGUUCCAGUAGAUGGCGAUGGAACCUACCAGUCUGUAGUGGACAAGUUGGCUCCUUUUCUUAUGGCUUCGCUGGAGAACCUAGAGGGUACGCCGGGUAGUGGCUGGUAUAAGAUCAUGUGCGAGUGUGACCACUAUGAGGGAUUGCUUGGCAUUCGCAUUUUAGAAGUCAAGUUCUAGAAGUACUUGUCUAAUUGGCCGCACCACACCUACUCGAAAAAUGCACUACAUAAUUGUUCUCUUUUACUUUUUCUAUUUCGAAAACUGAAAAUAGCCGAGUUACUGACUGAAAUAAGGGAGGUAGCUUUGACAGGGCUACUCUUCCUUGUUCAGUGUCUCGCUUAUUUUCAGUAGUUACUUGCUUAUUUCAGUAGUCACCGCGUAACUCUCUUGGUAGUUGUCUUCUAAGCCCCACGGUCGUUCCUUACUUCUCCGUAUGACUUCCGCAGAAGCUAGUUUGAGAUACGGUCCAGGGUCGUUCGAUCUCAUUUUCCUGGACGCUCUGCACGACCACUUAUCCGUAGUGCAGGACGUCAUACAGUGGAUCGGAAAACUGGAUUUGGUUAAGGUGAAAACUGGAUUUGGUUACGCGGAAUCUUAAUAACCCUUGACAAACGUCUACGUCGUCUACUUCUACUAGUACUUUUGUGGAUCAUCAUAAUCUUUGACAAACCCCGCUACCAGGUAGCCCCUCUUCAUCUUCGGGGGUUGUUGGUGACAAACCCCGCUACCAGGUAGCCCCUCUUCAUCUUCCCAAAAGGCAGCAUUCUAUGCGGGCAUGAUUUUCAGUGGCAAUACCCUGGUCUUGCGAUGGCUGUGGCGACUGUCGCGCAGCGUGUGGGGAGACAAAUACACCUUGCUAGUGACGGCAUGUGGUGGAUGGAAUUCUUGUAAUUCUUGUACUUGCGAAACAUGAAUUUUGUACUUUCUUGUACCUAUGCGUGGGGCUUAGGCGAGUCUGAUUUGUGACUCACUGUGCUGAUAUCAUAAUGUUUUUACCCACUGAUGAGAGGACACCUACGGAAUAGGAAGAGGAUUGAUACGGAAUCAUCAAAAAAGAAACGUGUCAUCUUUCCUUCUCGGAGGAUUUUUGGGGAAUGGGUCUUAUUGAGCACUUGAACAACACCAUCUCGUGGGUGGCCACGACCGUGGUGGAGACCGUACACCUCACGCACGUCUGUGAUCCCUACAGAGGCCUUUUCUGGUCAUUCCUUCGACUUACACGGAAAUCAAAUGCCAAGAGAUAAUGCUAACGAUGUCAAUGCUGGCGAGAUCAAAAAGAAUUGACCUAUUGAAAAGACACAUGAGGAAAUGCAAAAGCAAAUAAUCAAAAGGAAAGCAAAACACUGCAACACAUGAAAAAGACAAAUAACCCUUACUCCCUCCCCUUGCAAAUAGCCAAUACCUCGCGAACAGGUAAAUGAAUGAAUGAAUGAAUGUCUUUUCUAAGAAAGUGUUUUUAUCAUCCGAGUCUAAUUUCC